AUGAUUACUGCUCCAUAUGCUGAUUCAAUGGAAAGUUCGCCUCCACGAUCAGGUGCUGUCAAUGAGUCGGAUAUGGAACUCCGUGCCAACAAUCGAGACCUUGAUGAGAUGCGUGCAACGGAACCAGAAUUCUCGCUACCUCCCGUCGACGGUGGAAUGGCUGCAUGGCUUUUUCUGUUCUCAGCCUUUGUUCUGGAGAUUCUUGUCUGGGGCUUCCCUUUCGCUUUCGGUAUAUUCCAAGAAUACUACACCUCGAACCCACCAUUCGCCGGCUCCCGGAACAUACCUAUUGCUGGCACUGGUAUCGGAGGCAUCAUAAUUCCCCUACUACUGCAAUACCUCCUUGGUAGAUACGGCUUCCGCACCACCCUUCGUAUCUGGGCAGCUGUUCUUUUCGCAGCCACCAUCCCCUUGACUCUAUAUCUCAAGCCGCGCCUUCCCAUUUCGCAAGCCACCAAGCACCGGAAGUUUAACUUGAGGUUCCUCCGAAACAAAUCGUUCCUCCUUUUUCAACUCGGCAACGUUCUUGAGGGCUUCGGCUACUUCGUCCCCUCUAUCUACCUCCCCACCUACGCUAGAACUCUCGGCGCAUCGAGCCCCGUGGCUGCCCUGACCCUCAUCAUGAUCAAUGUGGCCUCUUUCUUUGGUUGCAUUGUCAUGGGUGGAAUCGUGGACCGCUGGCAUAUUACGACAUGCAUCUUCUUGUCGACUAUUGGAUCCACACUCUCUGUUUUCCUUCUUUGGGGGUUUUCUACCAAUCUACCUCUUCUCCUCGUCUUUUGUGCUGUAUAUGGUUUAUUUGCAGGGAGCUAUUCAACGGUGUAUCCAGGCAUUAUGAAACUCCUGGAAGGCAACGAGCAGGGCACCGACUCAAUGAUGGUGUUCUCGGUGCUUGCAGCUGGUAGGGGUAUUGGAAAUGUUGCUUGUGGGCCGAUGAGUGAGGCGUUGUUCCGAAUGGGGGACGUCGGAGGCAGUGGGUUGUAUGCCAGUGAGUAUGGGCCGCUUGUACUACUCACUGGUAUCAGCGCUGCAUUGGGUGGCGUGAGCUGCUUUGGGAGGGUUGUAGGGUGGUUUUGA